CGACCGUUGAAGCUGAAGAGGAGAGAGUUAAAACUCUGGCUAACGCGGUUGUUCCCAUCCUUCCUGAUCCAGCACAAACAUGGCAACAUCAUUUCUAGUGGACAGCCCAGACGUGAAGUACACUCAGGAGUUCAUUGAGGCUAAGUACACCUAUGACACAGUGCAAGUCUGCCAGGAGAAUGGUGUCACCAAGGUGAAGCCAACUUCUACUAAGCUCAUUUUCCGCACAGGCCUGCGGGUUCCCAAGCUGGGUGUGAUGCUUGUUGGCUGGGGGGGAAACAAUGGCACAACAGUGACUGCUGCUGUUUUGGCCAAUAGGCUGGGUCUCUCCUGGAUGACCAAGAGGGGUCAAAAGCAUGCCAACUACUAUGGCUCUCUCUUACAAGCAUCCACAGUAUGUCUUGGGACUGGUCCCUCUGGAGAUGUCUAUAUUCCUUUCCGUGAUAUGCUCCCCAUGGUACAUCCUAAUGACAUCGUUUUUGAUGGCUGGGAUAUUUCCUCUAUGAAUUUGGCCGAUGCCAUGCGCAGGGCUGAGGUCUUGGAUUGGCCCCUUCAAGAACAGCUGCGGCCUUACAUGGUAGGCCUGAAACCUCGGCCUUCCAUCUACAUCCCGGAGUUCAUUGCUGCCAAUCAGGGAGAAAGAGCUGACAAUGUUCUGACCGGAAGCAGAGCUGAGCAGAUAACCCGGAUUCGCCACGAUAUCCAGGACUUCAAGAACUCCAGCGGGGUGGAGAAGGUGAUUGUCCUCUGGACGGCCAACACCGAGUGCUUCUGUGAAAUCCAUCCUGGAGUGAAUGAUACAGCUAGCAAUUUACUCCAAGCAAUUGAGGCUGGCCUGGAGGUUUCUCCUUCUACACUCUUCGCUGUGGCAAGUAUCCUGGAAGGUUGUACCUACAUCAAUGGCUCCCCACAAAACACUUUUGUGCCAGGAGUUAUUGAACUUGCUGUUCAGCAGGGAGUCUUUAUAGCCGGAGACGAUUUCAAAUCUGGCCAGACAAAGCUCAAGUCAGUUCUGGUGGACUUCCUUAUCAGCUCUGGCAUUAAGCCAGUCUCCAUUGUUAGCUAUAACCACCUGGGCAACAACGAUGGAAGGAACUUGUCCGCACCAGCUCAGUUCCGCGCCAAGGAAAUUUCCAAGAGCAACGUGGUGGAUGACAUGGUGAAGUCGAACCCUGUCCUAUAUGGACCAGGGGAACAGCCGGAUCACUGCGUGGUGAUCAAGUACGUGCCCUAUGUCGGUGACAGCAAGCGGGCACUAGAUGAAUAUACGUCGGAGAUCGCUUUAGGGGGGACCAACACCAUCGUCAUUCACAAUAUGUGUGAGGAUUCCUUACUGGCUGCUCCCAUAAUUUUGGACUUGAUCAUUCUGGCUGAACUCUGCCAACGGAUCCAGGUGGGCAUAGGAGAUGCCAAGCCGGAGCCCCUUCACAGCGUCUUGUCCCUCUUGAGCUUCCUCUGCAAGGCCCCCCUUGUUCCUAAAGGAGCUCCAGUGGUCAACGCACUCUUCCGUCAACGGGCGGCCAUCGAGAACCUAUUCAGGGCCUGCGUGGGGCUUCCACCUCAAAACCACAUGCAGCUGGAAUACAAGACCCAGAGAUUGUGGAGCUAUGCAAAGCAUGGCCAUUCCCCUGUGCCCCCAGCUUGGGUAGCCACUCCUAAGAAGGCCCACAUGAAUGGUUUUGUGGAUCCCACUGAAAGCAAUGGCCUCCCAGUCUGCAGCGCCCAUAGCCACGUAACUAGCCUGCAAAAUUAGAAGCCCACAGCCUGCUCCAUUACUAGUCAACACUGUAUGGUAACCAGACCAGAUUUACAACUUGGACUGUCUGACACUCCCUUCCUCCCUACAUUCCUUUUUUUGUAUUGGUUACUUAUAUUUUUAUGUAGUAGUGACAAAGCUGUAUGUUCGUGACAGGCAACAUACCUUCUUUUACUGUGUCCUUACCUGUUACGAAUGAAAUUUAACUUGAACGCUUGAAUGUUUGAAAUUAAGAUGUAACUAUAGUUGUAUCUUUCACCUAGCUCAGAAAUUUAGAUUUAUUUGACUAUCCUUUUUUUAAAUGGUGACGUUGGAAUAAAAUUGAAAGAUGAGAGGGCCUGCUUGCUUUGUGAUGUCAACCUCCAACCUUUCAUUGUCAGCUAAGAAGGCUACCUCAACACCUUCUGGCAUGCACACCUCUGUGGUUUGUACAAUCUAUAGAAAACCCAAGUAAUGCAUCCUGUAAAUGACCACUAGAAAAAACCCAUCUGGUGAAGGUUUAUGUUGUUGCUAGGACUUGACAGCAACUUGCUGGCACAUUUUUUUUUUUUUAAAAAUGGAAUCUUGAUUGAAUCAAGCUGAUCUUAGGAUGGCUAAAUACAGCUUCAGUAUUAAGAAAUAGUGUGCCUUUGAUGAUUAGAACAGGAAGGAAGGGUUUCUUGACAAUCCAUGGGGAUCUGGCUGGAUGUUUGCUGUAGCAGAAAGAGAUUGCACUCAAUUCAUUCUUGCUCUGCCCUACCAAUGCCUCUGUACUCCAACUGAAAAUGAGUUGCUAGGAUUCAAACAAGAAAAACAUGUGAUUUUUCCUGUAGGAGGCUUGCUGCUGGCAUCUGGCCACCAGAUGUUGGCUUAGUUGAAUCUUGGAUUUUAUCUUAGCAGUAUAAGGGUUUGUCCCCUGAGGGAAGAUAAUAGUUUUUCUGCUUGCUGAAUGGGGGGAAAAAACAAACCACUUGUAGACAUUUUUUCUUAAAAAAAUCCAAAUUACAUUUAUUGAUGCAAGUUUUCUCAUUGGAAACCUUAAAAAUUCAAUGACUUCCUCCAAAAAUGGUAUUUUAUUUACACAGAAUAACAAUGAAAAAAAAAAAGCCCAAGCUGAUGCUUUAAUUCAGGGGUGUCCAAACUUGGUCCCUUUAAGACUUUUGGACUUCAACUCCCAGAGUUCCUCAGCCAGCUUUGC